GCUCCCGGCCCACCUCCGCUCAGCCCCGCCCAGCGCAGACCAGCGAGCCCGGUGCGAUGGAGGGCCGAGUGCAGCUGAUUAAGGCCCUCUUGGCCUUACCCCUCAGGCACCGGAGGCGUCGGUGGAGGAACCCGAUUCCCUUCCCCGAGACGUUCGACGGCGACACCGACCGGCUCCCGGAGUUUAUCGUGCAGACGGGCGCCUACAUGUUGGUGGACGACACCCUGUUCUCCAGCGAUGCCCUGAAGGUGACGUUCCUCAUCACCCGCCUCACGGGGCCUGCCCUGCAGUGGGUGAUCCCCUACAUCAGGAAGGAGAGCCCCCUGCUCAAUGAUUACCGGGGCUUCCUGGCCGAGAUGAAGCGGGUCUUUGGAUGGGUGGAGGACGAGGACUUCUAGGCCAGGAGACCCUCGGGCCUGGGGACAGGUGCUCUCGGGGGAGGGUCCCCGCGCCGGUGGCUGCCGCCCAGACCGCCACAGGCGUCCUCCCUCCGCGCCUCCCCGUCCCCGUGUUCCAGUGGCGGUGAUCUCCCCCGCGCUCCUGUUCCCUCCCGCGUAGUGCUUGCCUUUGUUCCAGGAAUAGCGCCCCAGGUUCCUGCUGCAGCUGGGCCUGGCUCCGGAGCGCGCCGCCGCCCUCUCCCGCCAGCCCGGCCCCUCCCGCGCGGACUUGGACUCUGUCCUGGGCUCCAGCUGCGAGCUGGGCUCCCGUUACAC